CGAGCCAGCCCGCCGCCGCCGCCGCCGGGGGGGGCAACGCGGACAGCAGCAGGCGGAGGCGGGCAAGGCCGGCUGCCCCGGGGCUGAAGGCUGAGGCGGGCAGAGGCGACUCCGGCUCUUUUCGAGGAGGAGGAGACGGCGGCGGCGGCGGCGGGGACUGCAGGCAAAUGAGAAAGCAAAUAUCUUGAAACAUAAAUAGUGGUACUUCCCUGGAGGGAGGAAAUGGGAAUUCUCCUGUUGCUCUGAGUGUUGCCAGGUGCCAGAAGUGGUCCCCAGUGGAGGUGGACAAUUAUUCUGAGUGACGGCCCUUGCAAGCGCUUCUGAGUGGUUAUCAUGGGCUUCAUUGCCUUUCUGAAGACCCAGUUCAUAGUUCACCUCCUCAUUGGGUUUGUCUUUGUUGUGAGUGGACUGAUCAUUAACUUCAUUCAACUAUGCACACUUGUCCUCUGGCCCGUCAACAAGCAGCUCUAUCGCCGAGUAAACUGUCGCCUUGCCUAUUCCCUUUGGAGCCAGUUGGUAAUGCUGCUGGAAUGGUGGUCAGGCACAGAGUGCACCCUGUUCUCGGACGAGGCCACAGUGAAAACCUUUGGAAAAGAACACGUCAUCAUCAUCUUGAAUCACAACUUUGAAAUUGACUUCUUGUGUGGCUGGACCAUGACAGAGCGCUUUGGAGUGCUUGGGAGUUCCAAAGUUCUUGCUAAGAAAGAACUACUAUACGUGCCCCUAAUUGGCUGGACGUGGUACUUCCUUGAGAUCGUUUUCUGCAAAAGGAAAUGGGAAGAAGACAGAGAUACAGUAAUUGAAGGAUUGAAACGUUUGGCUGAUUAUCCUGAAUAUAUGUGGUUUCUCCUGUACUGUGAAGGAACUCGUUUUACAGAGACCAAGCAUCGUAUCAGUAUGGAGGUAGCUGAAUCCAAGGGGCUGCCUAAACUGAAAUACCACCUGUUGCCCAGAACCAAAGGUUUCACCACUGCUGUCCAGUGUCUCAGGGGAACAGUUUCAGCAGUGUAUGAUGUAACACUAAAUUUCAGAGGAAACAAGAACCCAUCUUUAUUAGGAAUUCUUUAUGGAAAGAAAUAUGAAGCAGAUAUGUGUGUAAGGAGAUUUCCUCUGGAAGAUAUCCCUCGAGAUGAAAAGGAAGCUGCAAACUGGCUUCAUAAGCUUUACCAGGAAAAGGAUGCUUUGCAAGAGAUGUAUAAUCAAGAAGGCAUAUUUCCUGGCCAGCAAUUUAAACCUCCUAGGAGACCAUGGACUCUCCUAAACUUUCUUUUUUGGGCCACAGUUCUCCUCUCUCCUCUUUUCACAUUUGGCUUUGGAGUUUUUGCAAGUGGAUCACCUCUCCUUAUCCUUGCAUUCCUGGGACUUGUUGGAGCAGCUUCCUUUGGAGUUCGUAGACUGAUAGGAGUAACUGAAAUAGAAAAAGGCUCCAGCUACGGCAACCAAGAAUUCAAGAAAAAGGAAUAACUGACAGCUGCACUUCAGUACAUAUAACCAGACUGUGGUGUCCGAAUAACUUCAGUUAAAAAACAACAACAAACACUCUAGAAACUAUCUUUUUCUUAAUAACUGAUGACUAAUAUUAAUGAAUAAAACUUGAGCCAAGAAUGAAGAAUUUGGAGGCAUCAACUGAAGAGAGCGCAUCAACUUUCUGCCUGGUUAAGGAGUCCUGUAGUCAAACUAUGGGAGAAAAUCUGGGGUGGGGUAGAAGAAGAAACUAAUUUUUCUUUCUUUGUUGGGGCACUUGGGGGUGGGGGGGAGAAAAGAGGGCAUUGGCCAUGGCCACAUGCAUCCUCAGAUGACUGAAUACACUGGUUUCUGUCAAGAGCACUACACUCACUUUUACAACAGGAGCCAUUGAAUGUUUUCUCUUGCUAAAGCCAACAUGAUGUUUGUUUAUUUCCAACUUUUUUUUUUGUGUUAAUAAGCCAGGAAAAAACAACCCUUCUCAAAUUAACUGAAAGAUGCUCAUUGGGUCAGAGUGAUUUUGAAAAAGGCUGUGUUAUCAUGGCUACAGGUGAAAUCCCACAUGUACACUGAUACUCUUUAUUUUCAGGCAACAUCUUAAAACUUCUGUAAUGCUGGAGAACAGAUAGUGGAAUUCAGAAGCAGUGCAUUAGUGAACAGCACAUACCAUAGAGCAGACCCAUUAGUACUUAAACAGUAUAAAAUUCUAAUUGUAUCUCCUGCUAACUGCUCAAGACUGUUUAAUGUCAAAGUAUUACUUCAGUCUCGAGUGUUGUUGGCCCUGUUUUGCAUCAUACAGGUAUGAUAAUCUUGAAUCUGUUUGGUAUUGUUUUGUUCUCUGAAUUAAUGAUGACUACGGGAUUUGGAGUUGAUCAAAGAAGGAAAUUUAUUCAGUUGUCCUGACGUUUUCUCUUUUUAUUUCUGUUCACAUCCCUCAUCACCAAAGUCCAGUUCAGCCAAGCUCUCUCAGUGAACUGGGAGGCAGUAGCAGAAACCAGCACAGUAGUUUUCAAAAUGUCUUCUUUUCCAAGAAUUUGAAUUUGAAAAGGAGAGGUCUGUAGCAAAUCUGUUGUGAAUACUGACAUCUCUUGAACUUUGGAUGAGAGUUUUGACAUGGAUUCACAUGGAGCCAGGAUCUGACCCUGUGUGCUGUAAUGGUAGUGUGUGCUGCACUUUCUACUUGAUCAUGCUUUAGAUGUUAAUGUGAAAUAUUGCAAGGUGAGCUGUGCUGUUAAGCAUUAGAAAGAGAAUGAGGUCUCUUCAGGGAUUUUAAAUAUGUUUAGUUUUGCUUGUUGACCUUUGGAGUUUUGUUUUGUUUUGGGUUUUUUUUUUUCAUUGAAAAUUAGAGAUGAGAAUCAUGGCUGUACCUGUCUCUCUUUUUUUUUUCUUUUUUUUUUUUUCUCCUCCCCCUCCUUUCUUUUUACAAAUGCACAUUCUGAGGUUUUUAUAGAUUGCUGCUGGAAAAUUAUUUGUGGGCAGAUGGGAACUUACCUGUAUGCUCUAGUCUGAAUGCCACAAUCUGCAUUUGGCUAUGCUCAUAAGUUGGCAAAACGGGUUGCAGGUCUACAGCUGAGGGCAGAAGCUGACCCUUGGGGUCUGUAUUUUUAACCCAGCUGCCACUGGGAUAUUUAUCUCACUUUUGUAAGGAGCAGAUCUUAUCAAGGCACUGGUCGUUAUUUACAUCUUUGCUCUAGCAACCAAGAUAAGAGAGUAAUAAUUUACCUUCUUCUCAUAUUUACUCUAACUGUUGGAAUGUAACCUCUUCUCCCACAGGUUUUUCUGUUUUCAAACACCGGAAGAACAAUUUUGUGAUUUAGAAAAACACUUUACUUGGGGUUGUCAGUCACUAUUCUGUCAUGCACUUGAUUUUUAUUUGUGGUCUUUUCAACCAGAGGAUUGGAAGGAUGAGCUAUGUUGUCUGUCCCCUGUUAGAUUCAUCCUCACUGAAUCAUUGUACCCCAUAGCCCCAGAAUUACUGUGUCAUCUUUGUCCCCUCAAGAAAUCUUCCCUAAGACAGGGGAUGCAAAACUGUUGUUAUUUUUAAUGGAAUUUGGAAAUACCCUUUGGGAAUUGAGGAGAACAGAGCCUUGCCAUGACUUUGGUUUUCUUUGCUGGAUGUUUUUGUUCUCUGUCUUUAAAUAUGGUUAGACAUCCAUAUGCUGAUAAAGACAACUCUGACUAGAAGCAGCAGGCUUUUCUUUCUUCUUCUUCUUCUUUUUUUUUUUUUUUUUUUUUUUUUUUUUUUUUUUUUUUUUUUUCCUUUUUUUCUUUUUUUUUUUUUUUCUUAAGUAAUUCAGUAAUGGAUAAAAUUCUUGCUUCUUAGAAGGAUAUUACAAAUACUGUAUUCUUGCUUCCUGAAGAUGAUAUUCAGUAUAUAUGAAUUGUGCUGGCUUAGUAGAGUGAGGCUUGCAAAGCAGGCUGACCCUUGACUAUGUUUUAUACUUAUAUUUUGAGCAGUGUAUUAAUGGCAUGACAAGAAUGUCACAAAAUAAAUCCCUUCUUAAUGCAGAGAAGAGGGGAGAGGCUUAAAGGAGAAAGGGAUUAGUAGCCUUUCUCUUUACGGGAUCCUUUUCUCCUCUUAGUGCAUGUAACUCCCUGUUAGGAAUCAUGGGAUUAGUGCAUGUACAUCAAGGGGAGAAUAAUCAACAUUUCAUAUUUUUUUUAACCACAACUUGGUAAAAAACCUGGUCAUGCUUUCUUUUUGAAAAUAUAAUAAAUACAUCAUCGGUUACAUAAAUUUUGCUCUUAUAAACAAACAUAUCAGUAACCCUUUGGAAAAGUGAAAUAUAUAGCAAUGCACAAAACAGUACAAAAUCAACCUAAAUCUCUUGGUUUUGAAUUUUAUCUCCUCAAAUAGGAGUUUUUAUACACACAUGCGUGCACAUGUACACAGAGUAUGUAUAAAUUAAAAUGACUGGGAAUAGCUGAAGUUAAUGUGACUAAUGAAGAUUAGCAGGUGGCUUGGGUUGGAAAAGUGAGCAUAGAUUUUAUAUCUUAUUUUCUUCUGGUUUAAUAGAACAUAGCUUGUAUAUUUGACUACCAAGCCCUUUAAGAGCAAUAAUAAACAAAAAUAUAUCGUGA